AACUCCGAAGAAGAAGAGGACGGCACAUGGUCUGUUGUGUUGAAUGUUCUCUAGAAGUAUCUUAACGAGUUUCUCAACGAUCAGUUAACUGCUGCAGAAGAAACAUUCACAGAGUUUAAAUAAAUCAUCGUCAAGUCGGAGGAAGAGAUGGAUGAUCAUCGCAGACUGCUGGAUUUCUCCCGGAGGCCCCAGAUAAUCUUACACCGAAUAGAUUGCCAGCAACAUAACAUUUGUAAGGAGUUGCUAUGUGAGCAGGAGAGGAGAUCCACUCUGGACCAAGAGGAGUUAGAACCUCUGCAGGUGAAACAAGAACAGGAAUGGACCGAAAAUCGGCAUAUAAAAGAAGAGCAGGAGGUUCUAGAGCAUCAGCAAAUAAAAUUAGAGCAGGAGGUUCUAGAACACCAGAAGAUAACAGUGGAAGAGAAAGACGUUUACUGCAGUCAGGGAGAAGAACAGAUUGAAUUAAAACAGGAGACUGAUACCUUCAUGAUGGUUCCUGUUGACGAGCAAACAGACCACACUGAAUCAGAACCAAACAGGAACCAAGACGUCUUCCAGGAAGUUGCUGAAGCUGAGAAGCAAAAUCAGGAAAGAAGAAAACCUUUCUUAUGUGUGACCUGUAAAAAGCGUUUUGCUUUCAUAUCUGUUUUUGUUGAUCACAUGAGAACUCAUACUGGUGAAAAGCUGUUUACAUGUGUGACCUGUGGAAAAAGUUUUAGUCGAAAACACGAGUUAACUAAGCACAUGAUAAUUCACACAGGUGAAAAGCCGUUUUCAUGUGUGAACUGUGGAAAACGUUUUAGACAAAAACACGAGUUAACUAAGCACAUGAUAAUUCACACAGGUGAAAAGCUGUUUCUAUGUGUGAACUGUGGAAAAAGUUAUUGUAAAAAACAUAAUUUAACUCAGCACAUGAGAACUCAUACUGGUGAAAAACCGUUUUCGUGUGUGAACUGUGGAAAAAGUUUUAGCCGAAAACAGCAGUUAAAUCAGCACAUGAUAAUUCACACUGGUGAAAAACCGUUUCUAUGUGUGAACUGUGGAAAAAGUUUUAGCCGAAAACAGGAGUUAAAUCAGCACAUGAUGGUUCACACUGGUGAAAAGCCAUUUUCAUGUGUGGCCUGUGGAAAAAGUUUUUGCCGAAAACAGCAGUUAAAUCAGCACAUGAUGGUUCACACUGGUGAAAAGCCAUUUUCAUGUGUGGACUGUGGAAAAAGUUUUUGCCGAAAACAGCAGUUAACUCAGCACAUGAUGAUUCACACUGGUGAAAAGCCGUUUUCAUGUGUGAACUGUGGAAAAGGUUUUCGUCACAAACCCAGCAUAACUCGGCACAUGAUGAUUCACACAGGUGAAAAGCUGUAGAAGUAUUUUCCAUACAUCUCCAAUGUUGAGGUUCACUAUAGAAUUGAUUUGGUUAAAAACUAGAAGGAAAGACUGGAGGGGUUUCAUGUCUAUAAAGCUGAAAAUUGUUGAAUUUGUUAAAUGUGAUCAUUUAGAUACUUGGAGAUGUGAAACCAUGACACAUUUUCCUUCAGAGACGCUUUGUUGUUUUUUUUUUGCUUUUUGGGGCAUUUUCUGUAUCAUAAAACAAUAAUGAUAAACUGUAUGUUAUUGUAUUAACAAACUGUUUAUGUCAAACUGUAUGUUGUGUGUGUACAACGUGAAGAGCAGAGGGCUCAGCACACAGCCCUGAGGAGUGCCAGUACUGAUGCUGAUAGAUGAAGAGGCAUGGGGGCCCACUGACUAUUUCAUACAUUAACAGAGUUUGACUGGACAUGGACUCCCUUCCAGAACAUUCUGACAAGAUUGGACCUGAGGGAUUGAUUUGUAUUAUUCUGUACAAUAGAGAGUUUGUGGGUUUAGUUUUGUAGUUUUUUAAAAUCAAAAAUAGAAUGUAUACAAUGGUUAAGUUUUUUUUCUAAAACUCUGCAAAAAAUGUAUUUGUGAUAGUUUUGUAAAAUGAGAUUGAAACUGAUUUCAUUUUUUUCCAUUUAUAUUAACCAGUUUUACUCUACCUAAUUGAAAUCUUUUCAAAUGAAAUAAAUGCAUUUGUAAUUUAAAUAAAAUGAAAGAUUCACCACAAACAAACAUGACAAAGAUAUUUUGCUUCAGUUGAGACAUUCAAUAAAAUACUAGAUAGCUUGAAA